AUGAAGCUCUUGGUUCUCUUGGCAAUCGUGGUCGCAGCUUACGCGGCACCUCAAGGAUACAAUUUGGGCUCGCCAUUGGGAGAUGGAUUUUCCCAUGGUGGAGGUCACUCAUCUGGAAGUGGCUUCUCUAGUGGCGGCGGAGCCUCCGGUGGAGGAUUCUCCAGUGGCGGUGGAAUUUCAGGUGAUGGUGGAAUAUCUGGUGUAGGAUUCUCAAGUGGCGGAGGAGUGUCUGGUGGAGGUAGCAGUGGUGGAUUUGGUGGUGGAUCUGGAGGUCCAGUUGGUGGGUGUCGUGAUGGAGAGAUCCUGCAUGUGGAUGGAUCUUGUGUUGUUCCUGUAAUCACGAGAAACGUUUUCCUGUAUGAUGCUCCUGAGCAACCUCAGCAACCAAGCGGUCCACCACCCAGUGUCCCACCACCUAGAGUUGACCAUAACAUCCUGUUCGUGCGUCUUCCUGAAGGAGGAGCAGGACCUGAACCCAUCAUUGUUCCUCCACCAAGGCAAGAGAACAUCGUGUAUGUCCUGAACAAGAACGAUGGAGAAGGAGGCCAGCGAGUAAUCGAGGUUACUGCUCCUCCAGCUACCAACCCCGAGGUUUACUUUGUCAACUACGAAGAGGGAGAGAACCCAACUCUUCCUAUUGGUGUGGAUCUUGAGACUGCUCUUAACGCUGCCGCUAGUGCUGGCGGUCAAGUGAUCGGAGGCGCCGGAGGAGCAGGUGACUUUGGAGGCGAUGGAGGAUUUGGCGGUAGUGGAUCAGGUGGCUUUGGAGGCGAUGGAGGAUUUGGCGGUAGUGGAGCAGGUGGCUUUGGAGGCGAUGGAGGAUUUGGCGGUAGUGGAUCAGGUGGCUUUGGAGGCGAUGGAGGAUUUGGCGGUAGUGGAGCAGGUGGUUUUGGCGGUAGUGGUGUAAGUGGAGAAUUCGGCGGUGCAGGUGGAGUAAGUGGAGGUUUCGGUGGUGUAAGUGGAGGAAGCGGAGGCUUUAGCGGAAAUGAAUCAGGAAGUAGUGGAGGAUUCGGAGGAAGCGGAAGCAGCGGUGGUUCUCCAUCCACCCAAUAUUCUAGGCCUUAAAAUUAAGGAAGGAGCCGUUUUGUCCAUAUGUUAGUAUGAUGUGUUUAUAUUUUUAUUACUGCUUAUGAUUAUUACUAAAAAUGUGUAUAACAA